AGACAGGGUCUCACUGUGUUGCCCAGGCUGGUCUCGAACUCCUAGGCUCAAGUGAUGCUCCACGCACGGCAGCUUUGACACAUAUUGUACCGUUUCCUCCCAAGCUCUAUCCUGACACGGGCUGUGUCCCAGAGACCAAAUCACAAGCUGGAAGAAGGGCUGUGAGUGUGUGACAGGACCUGAGGGGCAGGAACUGCUGGGCCAGAUGGGCUGCUGGUCAACCCACUGCCAGCCAGCCUGCCUGGAUGCCCACCUUGGCCCCGAUCUUGGUGGGGACAGAGCAGCUGCCUGCAGCUGGCAGGGUCUUCCCUUCGCAGGGUUAAUGUUCUCGGCUGUAUCUGAUCUCUCCUCAGCCAGAGGGGGCAAAAUGGCCUUCCCGGAAGCACAGGUGGGCCACCGCCAGAAACCCUGACAGCCCGUGCCUCUCCCGGGCCUCCCAGCAGGGGUGGCUCUGUGGGUGCACCCAGUUGGGCUGCCGUCCUUCUGGAGGGCUCCAGAAUGGCGUGUGGGCAGCUGUGUGACCCGGCUCCAGGUCUCCAUCUGGCCUGGCCUGCAGCAGUUCCCGACACCCUCUGCUACCUCCCACACCUCCACUCGGGUAGACGUCCCCUUGUCCCUUCUUCUGUGAUAAAGCACAAGAGUGUGAUCUCUUUUCUCACCAAGGAAUCCUACAUCUCUGAAUACUACAGAUGUGAUGCUGGGCUUUUGGGGGCCAGGGUGCGUCCUGGGCCCCUGAGGGAGGAGCCCCAUGGGUACUGAACUUGGGCCCCAGGCCCUGCACCGAGACAUCCCCUCAGCCCACCCAGACGGCUGGGCAUGCUGGGAAGUCCUCCUGGGCCACGUGUGUGAAUCAUGCUGUUUCUUCUCUAUUUUCUCUCUCUGUCUGUUUAUUUUUGUUGUGUGUCACUCUGACCAGCCGGCCGCCCUGUCUCUUCCCUCCAUGCUCCGCUUCGCCCGCUGCUGGCCAGAGGUGACCAGGUCCGGCUGUCAGCACGGCCGCCGGCCCGGGGGCCAUGGGGAGCUCCGCCUCCUCCCUGGCCGCGGAGACCGAGUCGGACCACAGCUUCCCCGGGGGGCCGCCCUACCCAGGCCCCCCGGCAGCGGCUGGCUGGUGUAGGAGCGGCUCAGGGGGGCCUGUCUGGGGAGGUCCCCUGGUCAGCCGGCAGCACCAGCCGCCACGCCCCCGGGCCCGAAGCCACACCCACUCGCCCGGGUCUAUGGCCACAGUCGGAGAGUGGUCCUGUGCGCGCUGCACCUUCCUGAAUCCGGCCGGCCAGCUCCAGUGCUCCAUCUGCGAGGCCCCGCGGCACAAGCCCGACCUCAACCACAUCCUGCGGCUCAGCGUGGAGGAGCAGAAAUGGCCCUGCGCCCGCUGCACCUUCCGCAACUUCCUGGGCAAGGAGGCCUGCGAGGUGUGCGGCUUUGCCCCGGAGCCUGCGCCUGGGGCUGCCCUUCUGCCCGUGCUCAACGGGGUCCUCCCCAGGCCGCCCGCCAUCCUGGGGGAACCCAAGGGCAGCUGCCAAGAGGAAGCAGGUGCAGUGAGGACUUCGGGGCUGGUGAGCACAGAGCCCACCAGCGGGCAACGAGAGGACGAGGAGGAAGAGGAGGGGGUAGCAGAGCCCGGAGGGGGCUGGGCCUGCCCACGCUGCACGCUGCACAACACGCCCGUGGCCAGCUCCUGCUCCGCCUGCGGGGGCCCACGCAGGCUCUCGCUGCCACGAAUCCCUCCUGAGGCCCUGGUGGUCCCGGAAGUGGUGGCCCCAGCAGGCUUCCACGUCGCACCUGCUGCACCUCCACCUGGCCUCCCUGGGGAAGGUGCCGAGGCCAACCCCCCCGCCACCAGCCAGGGCCCAGCGGCUGAGCCGGAGCCGCCCCGGGUCCCACCCUUCAGUCCCUUCUCGUCCGCCCUGCAGAACAACCCCGUGCCUCGGAGCCGACGUGAGGUCCCCCCCCAGCUGCAGCCGCCGGUGCCUGAGGCUGCCCAGCCCUCACCCCCUGCCGGCUGCAGGGGACCCCAGGGCGCAGGCUGGGCUGGGGCCGCCCGCCUGGCAGAGUUGCUGUCCAGCAAACGGCUGAGCGUGCUGGAGGAAGAGGCUGCGGAGGGCGGUUCCAGCCGCGCAGAGGCCGGCAGCUCCACCUCGGGCAGCGACGUCAUCGACCUGGCCGGAGACACAGUGCGCUACACACCCGCCAGCCCCUCCAGCCCCGACUUCACCACCUGGGCGUGCGCCAAGUGCACACUCAGGAACCCCACCGCGGCCCCCAGGUGCUCCGCCUGCGGCUGUUCCAAACUGCACGGCUUCCAGGAGCAUGGCGAGCCCCCUGCCCACUGCCCCGACUGCGGGGCCGACAAGCCCGGCCCCUGUGGCAGAAGCUGCGGACGGGUCCCCUCGGCUCAGAAGGCCGCCCGCCUCCUGCCCGAGCGCCCGGGCCAGUGGGCCUGCCCUGCCUGCACCCUGCUCAACGCGCCGCGGGCCAAACACUGCGCCGCCUGCCACACGCCCCAGCUCCUGGUGGCCCAGCGGCGGGGGGCUGCACCCUUGCGGCGCAGGGAGAGCAUGCAUGUGGAGCAGCGGCGGCAGACGGACGAGGGCGAGGCCAAGGCGCUCUGGGAGAACAUCGUGGCCUUCUGCCGGGAGAACAACGUGAGCUUUGUGGACGACAGCUUCCCGCCCGGGCCCCAGUCUGUGGGCUUCCCCACGGGCGACAGCGUGCAGCAGCGCGUGAAGCAGUGGUUGCGGCCCCAGGAGAUCAACUGCUCCGUCUUCAGGGACCACAGAGCCUCGUGGUCUGUGUUCCACACACUGCGGCCCUCGGACAUCCUGCAGGGGCUGCUGGGGAACUGCUGGUUCCUGAGUGCCCUGGCGGUGCUGGCGGAGCGGCCGGACCUGGUGGAGCGGGUGAUGGUCACACGCAGCCUGUGUGCGGAGGGCGCCUACCAGGUGCGGCUGUGUAAGGACGGCACGUGGACCACGGUGCUGGUGGACGACAUGCUGCCCUGUGACGAGGCCGGCUGCCUCCUCUUCUCACAGGCGCAGCGGAAGCAGCUGUGGGUGGCCCUCAUCGAGAAGGCACUGGCCAAGCUGCACGGCUCCUACUUCGCGCUCCAGGCGGGCCGCGCCAUCGAAGGCCUGGCCACGCUCACCGGCGCCCCCUGCGAGAGCCUGGCGCUGCAGGUCAGCUCCACUAACCCCCGCGAGGAGCCCGUUGACACUGACCUCAUCUGGGCCAAAAUGCUGAGUUCUAAGGAGGCUGGGUUCCUCAUGGGCGCCUCCUGUGGUGGGGGCAACAUGAAGGUGGACGACUCAGCCUAUGAGAGCCUGGGCCUGCGCCCCCGCCAUGCCUACUCCAUCCUGGAUGUUCGAGAUGUCCAGGGCACCAGGCUUCUGCGGCUCCGAAACCCCUGGGGUCGUUUCUCUUGGAACGGCAGCUGGUCGGACGAGUGGCCGCACUGGCCAGGGCACCUGCGUGGUGAGCUCAUGCCGCACGGCAGCAGCGAGGGCGUCUUCUGGAUGGAGUACGGUGACUUCGUCAGGUACUUUGACUCCGUGGACAUCUGUAAGGUGCACUCGGACUGGCAGGAGGCCCGUGUGCAGGGCUGCUUUCCCAGCUCGGCCAGCGCGCCCGUGGGGGUGACGGCGCUCACGGUGCUGGAGCGGGCCUCACUGGAGUUUGCGCUCUUCCAGGAGGGCAGCAGGCGCUCGGACGCCGUGGACAGCCACCUGCUGGACCUGUGCAUCCUGGUGUUCCGGGCCACGUUCGGCAGGGGCGGCCACCUCAGCCUCGGCCGCCUCCUGGCCCACAGCAAGCGUGCAGUCAAGAAGUUUGUCAGCUGUGACGUCAUGCUGGAGCCGGGCGAGUACGCUGUGGUGUGCUGCGCCUUCAACCACUGGGGGCCACCCCCGCCGGGCACCCCCGCCCCACAAGCCUCCAGCCCCUCAGCGGGGGUCCCGAGAGCUGUCCCGGAGCCGCCAGGCCACGUGCUGGCCGUGUACAGCUCGAGGCUGGUCAUGGUGGAGCCCGUGGAAGCCCAGCCCACGACGCUGGCCGACGCCAUCAUCCUGCUCACUGAGAGCCGCGGGGAGCGGCAUGAGGGCCGAGAGGGCAUGACCUGCUACUACCUGACACACGGCUGGGCGGGGCUCAUCGUGGUGGUGGAGAACCGGCACCCCAAGGCCUACCUGCACGUGCAGUGUGACUGCAGCGACAGCUUCAACGUGGUGUCCACGCGCGGCAGCCUGCGCACCCAGGACAGUGUGCCACCCCUGCACAGGCAGGUCCUGGUGAUCCUGUCCCAGCUGGAGGGCAAUGCCGGCUUCUCCAUCACCCACCGCCUGGCACAUCGCAAGGCAGCCCAGGCCUUCCUCAGCGACUGGACGGCCUCGAAGGGCACCCACAGCCCCCCGCUCACGCCAGAGAUUGCCGGUCUGCAUGGACCCCGGCCGCUGUAACCACCAUGCCUGGGCAGGGGCUGUGCGCAGAUGGACCCCCACCCCCCACACGCACUUUAUGAGGGAGACCCCGACAGAGGACGCUUGAAUCAGAAUCUCAGGACCCUGCCCAGGGAGCUGCCAAGCCCAGGGCGCAGCUUCCCACGGGCACCCCGCCCCCCUCCCUCCCCUCCCUGAGCACCCACAGUCCGCCUGGCCAGGCCUCCCAGCCGCCACGAAGAAUACCUCGAACCAGGCGGACUGUGAGCCAGCCCAGCUGACCUGCCAGCCUUGAGCCCAGCAUCUCGCGGGGGGGGCGGGGGCCGAGGCCAGGCCACCCCUCCUUGUGGGCUUAGGGUCUCCUGCCAGGGAGGCGGCCAGUAGCUCUGUCCACACCAAUUCUGGGUGUCAGAGGCCAAGGCCCUGGGGUGGGAUCAGGGACCACCCCUCAGGGGGCAUAAGGUCAGCUUUCCCCCAGAGCCUAGGUCCCUGUCCCCUGCAGGCAGGCGGGGUCCCUGGAGCCCUGGCGUGGAGUGGCAAAUCCUGGGGGCUGUGCCUGUCUCAGAAGGGGGGCCCUUGGCCAGUCACCCCCCAGCGACACUAUGCAACUCCUGGAGCGCACGCCAGGAUCGAAGCCAUGACGGGUGCAGCUGGCGCCAGGCCUGCUGUGGGUAUGCCAGUCCUCAGCACCGCUCUCCGCUGCCCAGCAGGCUGGGGACCAGCAGGCUCCUCAGUCAAUCCCAUCCCUCGGCCCGGCCCAUCGAGGGCAUCAGCAGGGCUCAGCUGUUCCCACCGCCCCCCGCAGCCCAGGGAGUGUAGAUGUGCAGAUCUCUGGAGCCCUCCUGGCCCCCAGGCAGCAGGCCAGUCCUGCCCUCGCUCCCCCCUUGCCCCCUCAGGGGCUUCCGCGGCUUUGACACCUGGAGAAACAUUCCCUACUCCCCUUUGGCCUCCCUGUCCUCCGAGCUGUGAAUAUUUUUAACCCUGUAAAUAUGGCCAGCUCUUGUGACACAGAGACUAUUUUAUCAACUGUCAGCCCGUUCCUUUACGGUAGGAUUCUCCACAGUGGCUUCCGACUCAGGCUCCCAUGGACCAAAUAAAAGCAUUUUGUUUUGUAA